CAGUCUGACUGGUUACUGCCGGUGGUGGCUGAGACUGGUUAAGGAUUGACCACGGUUGAAUCUGUUGUGCACAGUUUUGACCACUCUGGUUAAGUCUCCCUCCAGAGUACACAGAGAGAGAUACUGUGAGAUGUUUCGGGUGCAGGUAGCGUUUAUCUUCUGAGACAGGGUCCUCAGGAUAUCGUGUUCCUGUGAUCGCGAGGGUCAAUUUAGGUUGAGAAUUGGGAACGACGGGUCGGAAUUGUGUGGUGUUUCCGGUGAAGAAGCUCUGUUCUGAGCGUUGAGGUUCAGUUUUUGACUGGAGUUGGCGUAUCUGUCUGUAGGUUGCGGAGAAGGACGUUGGACGAGGAAGCAAUAAUACUAACGCUUCGCUGAUUUCGAGAGUUUUGGUGUUUUGGUUUGAUCAUCUGGUCACUGGUCCCUGUACUUCCGGCCGGGUUGUUUAGUUGUGGGUUUUCGAGGAGGAGGGAAUCCGUGAAGGCGUAGGUCUGAGUCUUGAGAUGUGAAAUCACCUGGGAAUUGUCUAGAAAGCGUCUUAAAUGACAGAUCUGUGCUGAGAUUUCAGAAAAUGGCAUCAUCUGAGGUAUCGAUAAAGGGCAAUAGUGUGAACGGGAAGGGGGAAGGUUUUUCUUCUGGUUAUAGCAACCAUGACGAUGCUAGGAACGGUACAGAGGGUCAAAAUGCUCAAUCAUUAACUGUGAAAGAAGCAGAAGCUGCGCUUUACAGAGAGCUAUGGCAUGCCUGUGCUGGCCCCCUUGUUACAGUCCCUCGGGAAGGAGAGAGAGUCUUCUAUUUUCCUCAAGGACACAUCGAGCAGGUUGAGGCGUCUACCAAUCAGGUGGCGGACCAGCAUAUGCCCGUGUACGAUCUACCUUCCAAAAUCCUGUGUCGGGUGAUCAACGUGUUGCUGAAGGCCGAGCCAGACACUGACGAGGUGUUUGCCCAGGUCACCUUGGUUCCUGAGACCGAUCAAGAUGAAAACGCCGUGGAGAAAGGGCCUCCGCCGCCUACGCCCCCUCGAUUUCACGUGCAUUCUUUCUGUAAAACUCUGACUGCCUCUGAUACAAGUACUCACGGUGGCUUUUCGGUUCUGAGGCGACAUGCUGAUGAAUGCCUACCUCCUUUGGACAUGUCUAAGCAGCCACCUACCCAGGAGUUAGUGGCAAAGGAUCUGCAUGGCAGUGAGUGGCGAUUCAGGCAUAUCUUUCGAGGUCAGCCUCGGAGACACUUACUGCAAAGUGGUUGGAGUGUUUUUGUCAGCUCCAAGAGGCUUGUUGCAGGGGAUGCCUUUAUAUUUCUCAGGGGGGAGAAUGGGGAGCUUCGUGUUGGUGUCAGGCGUGCAAUGAGACAGCAGGGUAAUGUUCCAUCCUCAGUGAUAUCCUGUCAUAGCAUGCAUCUUGGUGUCCUUGCGACUGCUUGGCAUGCUAUCUCAACCGGCACCAUGUUCACUGUGUAUUACAAGCCCAGGACAAGUCCGGCUGAGUUUAUUGUUCCAUAUGAUCAAUAUAUGGAGUCUCUCAAAAAUAACUACUCAAUAGGGAUGCGAUUCAAAAUGAGGUUUGAAGGUGAGGAGGCUCCAGAGCAAAGGUUUACUGGUACCAUUGUUGGAAUUGAAGAUGCUGAUCUCAACAGGUGGCCAAAUUCCAAAUGGAGAUGCCUCAAGGUGAGAUGGGAUGAAACAUCUAAUAUACCUCGCCCCGACAGAGUUUCCCCUUGGAAAAUAGAGCCUGCUGUUGCUCCCCCAGCUUUGAAUCCGCUUCCAAUGCCCAGGCCUAAGAGGCCUCGCGCAAACUUGGUUCCAUUAUCCCCCGACUCCUCUGUUCUUACUCGAGAAGCCUCUUCUAAAGUAAAUAAAGACCCUUCACCAACAAGUGGGUUUCAAAGGGUCUUGCAAGGUCAAGAAUACUCGACCUUGAGAGGCAAUUUUGCGGAAAGCAAUGAGUCAGUUACUGCAGAGAAGUCUGUUGCGUGGCCACCUGCAGUAGAUGAUGAAAAGAUUGAUAUGGUUUCCACCUCAAGAAGGUACGAGUCAGAGAGCUGGAUGUCAAUGGGGAGGCAUGAGCCAACUUACCCAGAUCUACUAUCAGGUUUUGGAGCCAGUGGAGAUUCUUUUCGUCCGCCCUUGGCUGAUCAGACUGGCCCUCUGGCUAGUCCUGCUAAAAAUCGUUCAUUGGACCCGGAAGGGAGGUUUAAUGCACUGGCCAGUCCAUGGCCUGUAGUGCCCUCUGGUCUAUCACUAAACCUCCUGGACUCGAACAUGAAGGGUUCUAUUAAUGGUGGGGAUGUAACAUAUCAAGCCCCAGGGAAUGUGAGGUAUGGUGCAUUUGGUGACUACCCAGUUCUCCAUGGUCAUAAAGUCCAGCAGUUACAUGGGAAUUCAUUGAUGCCACCACCAUCUACAACACAAUAUGAGAGUUCUCGUUCAAGAGAGUUAAUGUCAAAACCAGCAUCAGCACAAACAAGUGAGCCUGCCAAGCCUAAAGAUGGGGAUUAUAAGCUCUUUGGCUUCUCACUCAUCAGUGGCUCCGUUGUACCAGAGCCAUCUGUAUCCCAAAGAAAUGUGACUGGCGAAUUACCUGGUCACAUGCAUCCUGCAUCUUGCAAACCUCACGAAGGUGAUCAGAAAUCAGACCAACCGAGGGGCUCAAAACCAGCUGAUGCAGUCGUUGAUGAUCCAGAGAAGUCGUUGCAAGGAUCCCAGGCACAUUUGAGAGAGGUUCAUGCCAAACCACCCGGUGGUUCUGCAAGAAGUUGCACUAAAGUACACAAGAAGGGAAUUGCACUUGGUAGGUCAGUGGACCUCACAAAGUUCAGCAACUAUAAUGAAUUAGUUGUUGAACUAGACCACCUGUUUGAAUUUGGUGGUGAAUUGACGUCUCCAAGAAAGGAUUGGCUUAUUGUCUACACUGAUGAUGAGGGUGACAUGAUGCUUGUUGGGGAUGAUCCAUGGCAGGAGUUCUGUGCCAUGGUUCGCAAAAUUUAUAUCUAUCCCAAAGAGGAGAUUCAAAAAAUGAGCCCAGGUACACUGAGUUCAAGGAAUGAAGAGAAUCAAUCAGCUAGCGAAGCUGCAGACGCCAAAGUUGAAUGUCUGUUGCAUCAGCCGUCUUCACUGCCUGAUAAUUCAUAGGAAUUGUUUUCCAUAGCUUCCAGGGCUGGAAAAGUAGGAUGUGCCAAAAGCCAUCCAGUUGGAAAUAGGAUCUGAAGACUGAAAGCCUUAUUGUGAACUGACAAGGGACUAGUUGUAUCAGAAUAUGGAUAAUUUUUGGACCUAUCCUGGAAUUAGUAUAGUGCUAGUAGAUGUUAUGCAGUGAGCGAGGUGAUAUUAUUAGCCUUGAAUUUUUCAUCAACCCUACAUUGUAAAUAGUUGUUUCCCUCCCUCCCCCGGAUCCCCGCUCCAUUCCGGCCCAUAAUGUAAGUUCAUUUGUGGUAGCUGCUGCGUAUUGGUAACAUCAGUUUAUCUGAUUUUGAUUGUCUGUGAUUGUCUCAAGACUAGUAAGUGAUGUCAGAUUGAUGAUUGAGAUAGAAGUAUCAUGAAAUAUUACCGUUUACAAGGUGUAUAUUUUAUGCUGCCUCUACAAUUUUGAAAGGCUCAAAUGACUUUUUUUAUCA